UGUCUGGGCAUGACGUGGAUUGUAAACCGUGUCCGGAAGUAGCCUUUCGCUUCACAGCUCCGGUUUUUCUUGAUGAAAAAAAGAAGAAAAAACAGUGAUAACGUAACUUUUUGGAGACGCAAAUUCCUUAAUUUAUGUGACUAUAGUUUUCUGCGUUCUUGUUGAAAGUGAAGGAUUUUUUUGGUCGUCAAGUUGGAAUUAGAUGAAGCCGAGUGUAGUUAGCUUGUAGCCAACAGGACCGCUGGUGUUUACUGCUGGUGACUGGGUCAUUGUGAUUGAGUUAAACCCGCUUGUCCGAGUCUGCGACGAUAAAUGGGCUCAAAGCUAAAUACCACAGUCAGGUAACAGUGAUGUUCCUGUGUCUGAAACGGUGUGAGAGGAUUUAAAGCGGAGGAAAAUGGAGGAGAAAUACAGCAGCAACGUCCUGUCAGGAGGAAAGCUGGGCAUGGUGGAGGUGCCCAACUCCAGGCUAACAAGGUACAUCGUCCUCCUGGUUGUCACCAAAGUCCUGAAGGCGCUGGGGAUUUUUGAAUCCUAUGACAUUCUAAAAGUAGUCCACAUUGUGCAGUUUAUAUUUAUUCUCAAGUUGGGGAGUGCAGUUAUUCUUCUUUUAGUCCAAAAGCCAUUCUCGUCCGGUAAAGCCAUCUCUAAAAGACAGUGGAUAAAGUUACUAAAGCAUGCUGUCUUCAGCUGCAUCAUAUCCCUUCUGGGCUUCUUUGGGCUGACCCUGUGUGGACCUUUGAGGACACUGCUGCUCUUCGAGCACAGCGACGUGGUGGUCAUCGCUCUUCUGGGUGUUCUGUUUACAAGCUCUGGCGGAGGACCUUCUAAGACUCGAGGCGCUGCACUCUUCAUCAUCGCUGUCAUCUGCCUUCUUCUGUUUGACAACGAUGACCUCAUGGCAAAAAUGGCAGAGCACCCUGAGGGGCAUCAUGACAGCACGCUCACACAUUUUCUCUACACUGUCAUUGCCUUUCUGGGAGUCGCCGACCAUAAAGGUGGCGUCGUGCUGCUGGUGGUCUCCCUGUGCUUGAAGGUGGGCUUCCAUACGGUCUCCAGGAAGUUGGCCGUGGAAAUUGGCGGGGCUAAACGACUCUACGCGCUGGAUAACCUGGUUUCUGCGAUCGUGCUGCUGCCUUGGGUGGUCGUGCUCUCCGCCACCACAGACAGUAAAGUGGAGUCCUGGUCUUCCCUCCUCCUGCCUUUCGCCAUGAUCAUCUUCUCAGUGAUGAUCCUGGAGUUCUACGUGGAGGCCGUCUGCAGUGCAAAGAUGGAGGCGCCCAGAUGUGCGCGCUAUGGCACCGCUGCUCUCCUCUUCAGCGGCCUGCUCCUGGCAAACUUCUGGACCCACCCGUUCACAGAUCAGCUGCGCUCCAUGAGCAAACCCCCGCAGCAGAUAAGCACAGAGCACGUGCUCUCCGGUGGCGUGCUCGUCAGCGCCAUCUUCUUCAUCCUGGCAUCCGGUGUCCUGUCGUCACCCUCAAGGAAAGGUCAGAAGGGCACACUGGUGGGCUACUCCCCUGAAGGCACCCCACUUUACAACUUCAUGGGCGACGCCCUGCAGCACACCUCACAGUCCCUCCCCAGAUUCAUCAAAGACUCACUGAAGCAGAUUCUGGAAGAGUACGACUCCAGACAGAUCUUCUACUUCCUCUGCCUCAACCUGGCUUUCACCUUUGUGGAGCUGUUUUAUGGCGUCUGGACCAACAGUCUGGGUCUUAUCUCUGAUGGCUUCCACAUGCUGUUCGACUGCUCAGCCUUAGUCUUGGGCCUGUUUGCUGCCCUCAUGACCCGCUGGAAAGCCACCAGGAUCUUCUCAUACGGAUAUGGUCGAGUUGAGAUCCUCUCUGGAUUCAUCAACGGUCUGUUCCUAAUGGUCAUCGCCUUCUUUGUGUUUGUGGAGUCCAUCACUCGGCUGGUGGAUCCUCCGAAUAUAAACACAGACAUGCUGACGCCAGUGUCAGUCGGAGGUUUGUUGGUGAAUUUGGUGGGCAUCUGUGCGUUCAGUCACGCUCACUCUCAUGGAGGAAAAGCCUGCUCAACACACGACCACGGUCACUCCCACCACGGCCAUUCCCACGGCGAGCAUGGUCACGGUGGUCAUGGCCACUCUCAUGGGGGACAUGGACAUGGACACAGCCACGGUGGUCACGGCCACUCUCACAGCUCAGGGGGCGGAGGCAUGAACGCCAACAUGAGAGGUGUGUUUCUUCACGUGCUGGCCGACACCCUGGGCAGUGUCGGUGUCAUCAUCUCCACGAUCCUCAUCAGGCAGUUUGGCUGGCUCAUAGCUGACCCCAUCUGCUCCCUCUUUAUCGCCACACUCAUUUUCCUCAGCGUCAUUCCACUUCUGAAAGAUGCUUGCGAGGUCCUGCUCCUGAGGACUCCUCCAGAGAACGAGAAGGAACUCAACAAGGCACUGGAGAAGGUGGAGAAGAUUGAGGGAGUGUUGUCCUACAGAGACCCCCACUUCUGGAGGCAUUCAGCUAACAUACUCGCAGGGACCAUACACCUGCAGGUGAUGUCGGACGUGGUGGAGCAGAGAAUCGUCCAGCAGGUGACGGCUGUUUUGAAAGACGCGGGAGUCAACAAUCUGUCAGUGCAGGUGGAGAAGGAAGCAUACUUCCAACACAUGUCUGGACUCAGCACAGGCUUUCAGGAUGUUCUGGCAAUGACGCAGCAGAUGGAAUCCAUGAAAUACCUGAAGGAUGGGACAUGUAUCAUGUGACCUUCACAUCCACCUGGGACCAAAAGUUUGUAUAGACCUUUAAAAAAUAAAUGUGAAUAUAUUAUUUUAACU